CUUUUUUUUUUUUUGGGUGGAUUUCCCCUCCCCUCCCAACCAGCCUCCCCGGCGGACAUCCCCGCUCCCCUCCGAUCCCCGGGGCCCCCGCGGAUGUGCCAAACUCCCCGGUCCCCCCCCAGCCUCCUGCCUGCUCUCCAGCCGCCCCUAUUACCUCUUCACCCUCCCGCACCUCCAUUUUUCCCUUUUUUUUUUUUUUUUUUUUUUUAAGCAGCACCGCGGGCGGGGAGGGCUAAAGGGGGGGGGGCCAGCGACGCUGCCAGACCGCCCCUUGCCCAUUUCUCGGAAGGAACUCUCAUGGCUUCACAGCUGCACACAAGUUGCCCUGCAUCUUGGUGGACUAUCGGAGUUUGCAUCCUGGCGGCCGCGCUCUCCCCAGGGGUGCAAGCUCAGACUGUCUUAGUCAAUGACACAGUCUCGGGGUACAUCGGGACGGACGUGGUCCUGCACUGCAGCUUCACCAACCCGCUCCCCAAUGUGAAGAUCACGCAGGUCACUUGGCAGAAAGCCACCAACAACAGCAAGCAGAAUGUGGCCAUCUACAACCCGGCCAUGGGGGUCUCCAUCCUCUCGCCCUACAAAGAGCGGGUGACUUUCCGCAACCCGUCCUUCAAAGACGGCACCAUUCAGCUCUCCCGGCUGGAGCUGGAGGAUGAGGGGGUGUACAUCUGCGAGUUUGCCACCUUCCCCACCGGCAACCGGGAAGGUCAGCUCAACCUCACCGUGCUGGCCAAGCCCACGAAUCGGAUGGAGGGCACCACGCGGCCCCUCAUCGCCAAGGCUGGCAGGACGGAGAAGAUCCUGGUGGCCACGUGCACCUCCUCGAACGGGAAGCCCCCCAGCACCGUCACCUGGGACACCAAGCUCAAAGGGGAAGCGGAGUUCCAGGAGAUCCGCAACAGCAACGGCACCAUCACGGUGAUCAGCCGCUACCGCCUGGUGCCGAGCCGCGAAGCCCACCGGCAGCAGCUCAUGUGCGUGGUCAACUACCAGCUGGAGCGCUUCACCGACAGCAUGACCCUCAACGUGCAGUACGAGCCAGAAGUCACCAUCGAGGGGUUCGAUGGCAACUGGUUUCUCAAUCGGAAGGACGUGAAGCUGAUCUGCAAGUCUGACGCCAACCCCCCCGCUCACACCUACGAGUGGAAGCUGCCAAACGGGACGCUGCCCGGCAGUGUGGAGAUCCAGAACAACACCAUCUACUUCAAGGGGCCCGUCUCCUACAGCGUGGCCGGCACCUACAUCUGCGAGGCCUCCAACGCCAUCGGGACCCGGUCGGGCUUGGUGGAAGUCAAUGUCACAGAAUUUCCCUACACCCCGUCUCCAAUCGAUGAUCGCAAAUCCAUGGUGCAGCCGAACAUCCCCACCCCCGUGAUCGGGGGCAUAGUGGGAGGCGUCUCGCUGGUCCUGGUGGUGGCCGUGGUGCUCUUUGUGGUACUCCGGCGCCGGCGUCACACCUUCAAGGGUGACUACAGCACAAAGAAGCACGUCUACGGCAACGGCUACAGCAAGGCCGGCAUCCCGCAGCAUCACCCCCCCAUGGCCCAAAACCUGCAGUACCCCGACGACUCGGACGACGAGAAGAAGCCGGGCCCCCUGGGAGGCAGCACCUACGAAGACGAGGACGAGGACGCGGGCGGCGAGCGCAAGCUGGGCGGCCCCAACAAGUACGAGGAGGACGCCAAGCGGCCUUACUUCACGGUGGACGAGGGCGAGGCGCACCCCGAGCCCUACGACGAGCGGACACUCGGCUUCCAGUACGACCCCGAGCAGCUCGACAUCGCCGAGAACAUGGUGUCGCAGAACGACGGCUCCUUCAUUUCCAAAAAGGAGUGGUACGUGUAGCUCGCCUCCCGGCUCCAGCCACGCGCCCGCACGCAGCCACGCGCCCGCCAGCUCCCCCUGAGGUGCCGCCGAGCCCCCCCGGGGCCCCCAAGCCCCCCGCACGCCCCCCAAGGACUUCGGAGGCUCCGGCGCUGGCGAGCGGGUUGGGGAGGGGGACACGGGGGGUGUGUGUGUGGGGGGGGGAAAAGCUUUGCUUACGGAUCGUUUUUUGUUUUUUUUUUGUUUUGUUUUUUUUUGGGGGGGGGGCGGCGGGGAGGGGACGGGAGGUGGGAGGUCGGGUAAUUAUUUUCUCGGUUUUGGUUUUUUGCCUUUUUAAUUUCUCUGGAAAAUUUUCGUCCCCUUCUGUGGUGUUUGUAUUGGUCGGUGGCGUAGGUGUUCCUCUUUGCUUUAACGACUGGUGCCCAGCCUGUAUAUUACACUCUGUUCGUGUCUUCAUAGCUCAGGGGGCCCUUUGGCCCCGCGUCCCUCCCCGAGGUUCCUCCUCCCACUUCGGCACCCCUGAAACACUGGAAUUUGUUUGUAUGUUGUCGUCUUCUGCUUUGUUUUAACCCGGGGAGGGGGCCGGCCGGGCUGUCCGCAGGACAGAGGCCAGAGGAGCUGGUGGCGAAGGAAACGGAGGUGCCAGGGCCGGCUGGAAGGACUUUUCUUCCUGAGCACGUUGCUCCCAGCGGGGCCUGGGCGCUGUCCCCAUCGCCCGCUGCACGCCUGGGGGAUCCGCUCCCGGGCCGGAAUGACUCGAGAAAAGGAAAAUGAGGAGAGAAGGGGGAGGAAAGCCCCAAAACCAGCCCCGGGUGCGUGGGCUGAUAGCAGGGCAGGGGAGCGGAGCUGCCAUUUUCCUCCUCCCAUCCAUCACCUCCUGCCUGUUCGUUUUCCGUCUUUGUCGGAGCGUUCUUUAUAACAGAAAGACGAGGAGUAUUUAUUGCUGACAUUUUUUUUCCCCCCCCUGUGAUGGCUCGAAGCAGCCCUGGCCCCUUCUCGCAGCCCCCAGCCCCGGGCUGCACCCGGGGGGCAGCGCUCCCCCCCUGCCCACCGUACUGCAGGGGCUGGGGACAGGCCCCGUGCUUUUAUUAUACCACUAAGACUUAAUUGUCAUGUGUUUACACUUGAUUUUGUUUAUUUUUUUUUCCUCUUUCUUUCGGUCAGAGCAUGCGAGCGGUGCUUAAUCCCUCUAGCAGCAGCCCGAGCCCAUGGGUGCGUUGCUUGGCCUGCUUUGGUUGCCACUUUUCCCAUGUCCUCUCCCUCUGAUCAGCAAAGCCUCGGGAGAUAGGGCAGGAGGGAGGGAGCCUGGGCUACUGAUCUCGUCCUCCUUCCCCCGGGCCCCCACAGUGGGAUUUAGGGCUCGGGCUGCUGCUAUCUCUGCUCCGUGGGUAAAUGGGACUCCAGGCUCCCGGGCGCUCUGACACUGACCUUAUCCAAAUCAGAUUCACUGGGUUGGGGAUUAUCGCUCUUCUUCUUCUUCUUCUUUUUUUUUUUUUUAAUUUUUAUUUUAUUUUUUGUUUUGUUUUUUUAAUUGGAUGUAUAAAUAAAUCUUUUGUUUGAAAAGAAACCCCCAGUUCUCCGCGCUGUGUUAUCACGCCCCUCUACCACCAGCAGGGCUGCUUUCUCCUCCUGCCCUGCCCGCUGGGUUUUGUUCCCCAGCAUCCAGCGGUUUUCCUGCUGCAGAGCCAGACCCACGCAGAUGAGUCCAGCUCAGCUCUGAUCCAAGCAGCCUCUGGUGCUUUCCUCGGUGCUUUCCUGCUUCCUGGCUGCUGGCAGAACAGCCCCGCGCUGCAGGAAGCCCUGUGGCCACCUCAGCCCUAAAGCUGACCCUUACCAAAACAUGGCCAGCCCUUCCCGUGUCCCUCCAACCCCAGCAGGAGCACCCCAGAACCAAGCAGCCCCCGCAGGGGAUGAAAUCUCUGCCAUCCCUCUGUAAUAGAUGAUAUGGGGCUGUUGCACGCCGUGGGGUCCAGCAGCGAUUCUUCCAGGAGGCAAAUUCGCCUCCCCAGCAUUUCAGAGCCCCAAACUGCUCCCAGUUUGCUGACACCGUAGUUAUUGCCCUCCCUUUGAGGUGUCGUUUUGGGGAUAUAACCUCCUUGGCUUGUCCAUUGCCCAUCUGGGGGCUCCGGAGAACAGUGGGCUCGGAGGAAGAAGAGGAGGUAGCGGGUAGGGCAUGGCCAAAAUUCCCUGGUGUGAUACCCUGGGCACCAGGGGUCCCACCACGAGCCCCCCAGCUUCCCAGGAGGGUCUCGGCUGACCCAAACCCAAGCCCAAGCCUCCUGCUCCUCCACUCCCCUGCCAUCAAAAAGUGCUGAGGAGGUGUAAAACCCCGCUGGGCACAACCGAGGGCAGGCAGGAGGCUGGGACCCCCUCCCAGCACGUCCCUGUCCUCUCCCACCCAUCACCUGCUGAGGGCACGGCGCUGCCCUGCCUUGCUGAGGUGCCAGGAGCUGCUGGAUAUGUCCCAAUUUAUGCUGCAGCUCGUUAGUUGAGUCAGCUUUGGGUUUGGAAAGGGGUCCCCAGAGAGCACCUCCGGAGCCAGCCAGGCAGGAGAGGUGAGCAGGGAGCUGGGGGCUGCUCCGAGCCCCCCAGGCAUCCUGGUGGAGCUCACCCAGGUGAACAAGGGCCGAGCCCCAGCUCCUUCCCUCCAUGUGCUCAGGAGCUGGCACAUUGGUGUCACAACCCCAAACGAUCCUAUAGUUGACGUACAGACACCCCAGCAGUUUUCCUGCUGGGGCUUACGUCUAGGAUUAUUCAUUGCAAUUCGCCCCAGUGAUGUUAUUUUCCCUUAUUUAAUUACUUUCUUUUUUUUUUCCCCCCGGUUGUAAAAUCGUUUUCAUUCAGUCAAGGGGGAAAAAAAAAAUAAAACCUGAAGAUUUCUUUAGUAAAAAAAAAAAAAAUCAAACUGAAAUGGUAGCACCAAAUUGAUUGCAAAGACACGAGGGACAAAGGGAGCCAUUUUCCUGGUGUUGAGUCAAAAAAAAAAAUAAAAAAGAAACACAACUGUUUAGCAGAAAUCACCGAGGGGUUGAGGGAGAGAGAGAGAGACUCAAAAGAUUGAUCUUCAAGCAAUUAGAGAAGGGAAUGCAAUUAGAAAGGGGGCUGCAGAUCUCCUUUGCUGUUUGCCUUUCCCCUACACAAGCACGCACAUGUGGAUUUGGGCAGUUUUGGGCUCAGAGCUCAGAGGGAAAGCCCCCAUGGCCGAGAGGCCGGGAGGUGGGUGAGGGCAUCGUGCCGGCAGCUGCACGAAGCUCAAGGGGGUCCGAAAUGGGUCGGGGGUCCCAGGGUGGGGAGAAGCAGGGGGGUGAGGGGCUCGUGGUGGCACCCGGUGCCGCGGGGAGAGCACCAGAGCCACAAAAUGUGCUUGGGGUGAAGGCAACAGGCAGGAUCCUCGCUGGCACACCCCGGUGCUGGCCGAGGUGUUCUCGCUGAGGAUCUGCUUUUUUCUUUUCUUUUUGCCUUUUUUUUAUUUUAUUAUUUUUUUAAAACAUGAUUCCUUAACUCCGGUGAUUUUAUCUCGUUUUCUUCUUCCUCUUGCUGUAAUUGUCAGUGUGGAAUAAAGACUGCAGACAGACAAACAGCCCCAGCCCCACUUCUUUUUUUUUUUUUUUUUAAUCUGUGUUGUAAGUGCUUUUGUAAAAAAUAAAAAAUAAAAAUAAUAAUAAUG